CGCCCCUCCCCGCUACUCCGUAUUCUCCGUAUUGACCGCAAUCUCACGACAACACGAGACCCUCAAAUGAGCGGAAUAUACCCAUCACUGUUUGUAAUGGAAGAAAUGGAGGGACGGCUCCUUGUCGGCAUGACUUGAAGCCUUGACUUUCAGGUCCUGAUUAGCUUCUUUUCCGAUUCACAUUAAUUUCAGCUGUUUCCUCUUUCCCUCCAACCUCCUGUCGCAAGUGUGAAAGUUGCUGCUCCCUGUGAUCGAGAACCUAGCAUCCCCUAUUGACCAGGUACCCAAUCGAAAAGCACGAUCAGAUUCCUCAUCUUCUGACAGAAUGGCCCGCCCCCUGGAAAAGAAGCUCGGUAUUGUCACCGGCGCAUCGAGAGGCAUCGGCUACGCCAUCGCUGAGAUCCUUGCCGCCAAGGGGUGCGAUCUUAUUCUGGGCUACACGUCAACAUCUUCCCAGGCGCCCGCCGAGAAACUCGCCCAGGAUCUGACCGCGAGGCACGGCAUCCUCGCCAUACCCAUCCAGGCCGACCUCGGCACGACCGCCGGCCCAGCCUCGCUCAUCGAGACCGCCAAGAGCCGGAUCCUAGAGCCCGGUGCAUCUCGCUUCCAAAUCGACAUCCUCAUCAACAACGCCGGCGUCGCUUUGAACGACAAGCUCCCCGACAUCAAGGUCGAAGACUUCGAGACCUCGUACCGCGUCAACGUCCUGGGUCCCCUGCUGCUCGUCCAGGCUGCCCAGCCCUACCUCCCGACCGACCGCUCCGGCCGCAUCGUCAACCUGUCUUCCGUCAGCUCCUCCGGCGGCUUCCCCGGACAGACUGUCUACGGCGGCACCAAGGCCGCGCUGGAGGCCAUGACGCGGACCUGGGCCCGCGAGCUGAGCGAGAGCGCGACCGUGAACGCCAUCAACCCGGGGCCUGUCCUGACCCCGAUGUACGACCGCAACACGCCCGAGUUUAAGCGCUUCAUCAAGGGGUACAUCGAACACACCCCGCUCAUGAGGGCUAGGCCCGGUAUCGACUCCGAUGAGGUCGUGAAGAAUGCCGAGGAGGCCGGGGGACGGCCGGCUUAUGUAGAGGAGGUCGCGGGCGUGGUUGCCAUGUUGUGCUCGCCCGAGUCGGCGUGGUGCACUGGGCAGGUUAUUUGCGCCAACGGAGGCAUGUUGCUGGGCCUGCAGUAAUGGUGCUGUGGUAGAUUAUUCGCUUAAUAUGAUAAAUAAUGAUACAUCCGGGGUAUUUUGAAUGUCGUUCUCCAAUGUCAGUCU